AUGUCUUCUAUUGAUGUGGCUGGUGCCGUCCGCAAUAUUCUUGGAGACAGCAAUCUUAACUCUGAGCUAUCUACCGCUUUGGUUUCAUUAGCUUCUGCUCUGGAUCAGCUGAAGAAACAACAAAUUCAAAUGAAGGAUCAGCAGGACGCCUCAACUAAAGAACUGGAAUUAGUCCGCCGUAUGUCGAGGACUAAUUGGUUGCUUGUGAUCAAUUUGCCCCUGCCUUUCGGCCUAUCAAAAGGCCAGGCUUUGCAACGUCUGUUCGACAAUUUGAAUUACUCCAAACCGCUUUUUGACUCAGAACGUGAUCUUCUGGCUGCAGAAAUUCUUUAUGUGAACAAAAACGGAGCAACUUGUAACAUGUCUUUCUUUGUCGCGCAGCGACACUAUGACCAUAUAAUGGGGGCCGAGUUUCAACGCAAACUAGUAACCAGCAACCAAAAUGUUCCAAGAGGUAUGCGAAAUUAA